AUGAGUAAUCAGGCGUCAGCACGCAUCAGCGCUUCGUCAUGCGCUGAAUGGUCGUGGUUAUCAGACUCGAAUUCAUCGGUGGCAUCGCAGUCAAUCGAGUGGAGUCGUUAUUCGGAUGUGGAAAAUCGUAUUAUCGAAGAAGCCUUCAGAGCUAGACUACCAAUCGCUACAUUAGAUGAUGUCUACAUCGAUUUCGAAAACGACAUUCAAGUCUCCAAUAAUGAUAUUAAUGAUCAAAAACCUAUUCAACGCCAGAUACGACGCAGAACUGAUACACAUUUACGAGAAGAACGUUUCGCGAUGAAUCCAAUUCCAGCAAAGAAUCCAUUUAGCGGCCUACAAGGUUGGACGCCUGAUUUCAUUGUACACGCAAAGAAAGAGUUAAGAUUGAAAAAAGAUAAACUACCAUCAAAUGAAUCAAGAAUAGUGUCAAUGCUUGUUGAUAGAGCCUCUCAAGGUAUUAUUGAAGAGGGUAAACUUGCAGGCAAAACACGUGAAGCUGAAUGGAUUGAAAAGAAUAUGGAAGUGUUGCGCUCGUCUUUACACAAUGGAAAUAAAGAACACGAAAAUGUAUGGCGAAGUAAAUUACGCACUUUCGGACCAUUUUGUAUACUUCUGUGGGAUGACCCUUACAAUCAUCUACCGCUCACGGGAGGAAAAAUGUUAUAUCGAGGAGCCAAUUUAUCCGAUGAUUUGAUCGCUCAGUAUGUCCAACUUGUUCGUAGUUCUGAUCAACGUGGUUCGUUUCAAGCGUUCACUUCGUCUAGUCGAAAUCGAGCUAAAGCUGAACAGUUCGGUAAUGUUUUGUUCGUUCUGCGUGUUAAUUAUGCUUAUACAACAGAUCUUAGUCAACUGUCUGAAUAUCCAGAUGAAGAAGAAGAACUUAUUCAUCCGGGUGUUUGCUUCACUAUUGAUGGUGUUCGUUAUGAUCCUGUCAAGAAUAAACAUGAGAUCUAUCUAACGCUUACACAUAAUGUUGAUGAUGAUCGUGCUAAUCCUGUUACUCGUCUUUACAAUGGCUUUUGUCGUGCUGCUAGCGCAAUUUUACUGCCUGUUAUGGAUGGUUUGAAUGCAGCACGUCCUGGUCCUAGUGCUGGAGGUGAUCAUCGUAUUAGUCGUAUGACGAACGGGGGCUUUUAUCGUGAUCGUAGUGGUGCACUGCGUGAAGAUCCUACGGGUACUCUUGCCGAUGAUUGCUAUCGUCGUGCUCAGCAAGCUCCCCGCUAUGAUCUUCAUUAG